GUGAAAAAGGCAGAUAACAGCUUCCAAAAAAAGGAAGCUAUUCAGUGUAACUAAAUGUGGCUCCUGUUUAUUUUUAUGGGAAUGUUUUUAUCAAACCUGUAAACCUGAUUAAUAUAUGACAAUCAGUUAACAGUAUAUAAAAAAAUAAAACGUCACCAGCCUAUUUUAAAGGAUAUAAAGUAAUUAAGGUUAUUGACUCCGAUUAAUCAUUAACACAGUAAUAGCGUGUGUGUGCUAGAGGUGUGGUAGAGGGCUGAGGCAAAGGUUUCCAUCUUUAUCUGAUGGACAUCUUCUUUAAAAUGCUUGUAUCAUCCUGAGGUCAGUGUCGCAAACAGUUGCAAACACGGAGUUUACUUUCACAAAGUGACCAUGCUUAGCUCUGUGGGACUGAGCCUUUUGGUGCUGCUUUCAGCGAUGGAAGCAGCCACAGUAGAGAGAGUGGAGUAUGACUACUACAAAUACCAUACCAUGCCGGAGAUCAACGACUGGAUGAAUAAGGUUCAGAAGGAUUACCCUGAUGUUGUGACCAUAGUGGAAUACGGACAGACCUAUGAGAAGAGAGUCAUUCGCUUGCUCAAGAUUGGCUUCAAUACUGGAAAGAAAAAGAAAGCUAUCUGGAUGGACUGUGGUAUACACGCCAGGGAAUGGAUCGCCCCAGCCUUCUGUCAGUACUUUGUCAGACAGAUCCUGCAAGCACACAAAACGGACCCAAAAAUGCAAGAGAUGAUAAAGAACAUGGACUUUUACGUCACCCCUGUACUCAACAUGGACGGCUACAUCUACUCCUGGAAGGACAACACAACUCGACUGUGGAGGAAGAACAGGUCACCGGGACCUCCAGGCUGCGACAGUUACGGCACUGAUCUCAACCGCAACUUUGACGCCAACUGGGGCACACUUGGAGUAUCAUUUAACUGCAGCUCAAACACCUACUGUGGGAGCCAAGCUGUGUCCGAGCCCGAGGCCCAGGCUGUGACUUAUUUUGUAGGAAGCCGGAAGGACGACUUCCUGUGUUUCCUCACCAUCCACUCCUACGGCCAGCUGCUCCUGGUUCCCUAUGGACACCCCAACUUCACCGCCCCCAACUACAAUGAGCUGAUGGAGGUGGGUUUGGGUGCAGCAGACGCCAUUAGGAGUGUCCACGGGAUGAACUACACUGUAGGAACCUCACCGGAUGUAUUGUACGCCAACUCUGGUUCAUCCAGAGACUGGGCUCGGUUUCAGGGGAUCCCUUUCUCCUACACCUUUGAGCUGAGAGAUAACGGGACAUUUGGCUUCCAGCUUCCUGAGGAUCAGAUCCAGCCGACCUGUGAGGAGGCCUACAGCGGAGCCCUGCACAUCAUCACCUACGUCUACAACAAGACCUUCAAUGGUGCCGUGGCAACUGCUGCUGCAACCCUGUGGACCAUGCUGUUAACAGUGGGCGUCACCGGCACCACCCUGAUGUGAGGAGCUAAAAAAGUGCACGAGGGAAACUGACCAAAGCUGUAUGGCUUUCAGUUCCAGUCAUCCUGCGUGUAUGGCACAAGUGUGUAGUUAGUUUCAGAAACAGUUCACAUUUUUUUCAGACAAAAUGUGUUUUUUUUAAUCCUCAUUUUAGGCAGACUUUUCUGUUGAUAAAUGAUCAAUAGUAUAGUAAUGUAUCCAUUAAAAAAUAAUAAUGCACCUUUGGUUCAAACUAUUAUAACACUGUUGUGUCUUUGAAUGAUCUGAAAUGUCUAUAACUGUUUAUAAACUUCCAUAUUCCAGGCAAUAGUUAAUGCAUUACAAUAUUACCAAGUCUAUUUUUAUAUCAUUGAAUAUCAUGACAUUUGAGUAACAGCAUCUGGUGCUAAAGUAAUAAAAAAAAGAAUAAUGUCCCUUUUUGUGUUAAUGUGUGUUUUUUAUAACAUUUGUGAAGCCCAUUUUCCCCUCUAAAUUGCAUUUUAUUUGUUGCAUCAUUUGCUUUGAAUCUGAAUGACUGCACAGCCGACAAUCUGUAUGUCAUGAAUUCCUUCUACUACAUUUGUAAUAAGAGUUCUUAAUAUUGGCAAACAUUUACAGUAUGUACCAUAACAGAAAAA